UGUUUUGUGUCACGUAUAGUUUGCUUAAAGUUCACGUUAAAAUGACAACAACAUUAUUAAGAACUGGUCUACGAUUUUUAAUUUCCAACAAGUGCUUUAAAAAAAGAGCUAUUUCAGUUUUAUGCUAUGGAAUACCAGAAAAACAAAAUAUUUUACUAAAAUGCAACCAGUAUUAUAAAAUAUCGCCGCGAGCGAGUAGUAUAAGAAGCGUGCAUCAAACGGGUAUCUCAACUUCUGUAAGCGAACAAGAAAGUGAUAACGAUUCUGACGCCGAACAAGAAAAAGGACAAUCACAUUUUUGGAAAAGGAAAAUGCGGACACUACAUAAUCAUUUGGAUGUUAAUAAAGAUGGAGUUAUCGGUCACGACGAUUUUAUGUUGCUCGCAGAAAGAUUUUCUGACUUGGGGUACUUAACUCCAGAAUCAAAAAUUGAAUUCAAAAAAUUAAUGAAUGAAGCAUGGGAAGAACAAUGGGGAGAAAUUAGUCCGUAUAAUCUUAUUUGUAUCGAUAAAUAUUUGGAGCAAAUGCAACAUGUUCUUAAUGACUCAUCAUUAAAGAGAAAAUGUCAUUAUUUUUUGCCAUUUUUAUUCAAAGCAGUGGAUAAAAAUCGAAAUGGUGAAAUUUCUGUACAAGAAUUUCAGUUAUUUUUCCAAUGUUUAGGACUCACACAUGAUGAUGCAGUUAUUUCCUUCAGUCAUAUUGAUAUUAAUGAUGAUGGUAAAAUUAGCUUUGAAGAAUUCAUAACAUUGGGUCGUGAGUUCUUCUUAACAGAAGAUCCAACAAAACCCAGUAAAUAUUUCUGGGGUCCUUUGGUAAAUUAA